CGGUGGGGCCCCGAGUGCUAGCCGACGGUUGUACGGGUUGGCGGGUGUGGUUACCCGUAGUAUCGCCUUUGGAUCGUUCCCCCCACGAGAGACGGCGAGAGGAGAAGCCUCGCAACUGCUGCUACACCGAACGCACGUACGCAGCAUGCACGCAGCGCGCGCGCACAUUCGCACACCUGCGAGAGAACGGUCGAGUCGUCGUUGAAUCCAUCUGCAGGCGAGGUCGCCGCGUAUUCGUGCAACCACGGCAGGCACAGUGUACUCUACACCUUUCUCGUGGCACGCGUGCAUCGGCUGGCGAAGUGUGUGCGCGCGUGUGUGUAUGCGUGUGCGGCGAGGUAGAGGCGCGCGCGAACGACGUGCUUGGAACGUUUCAGCGUGUCCACGGUGCUACGAUCAAGUGCUGUUCUAGUCCACACCCGUUCCUCCUCGACUGGUCGACGUCGAGGCGGUGCUGUUUUCGUCGAGAGAGACGUGUACCAGAGGUCUGACAAAAGACGAGCACGCGAAUAACCGCGAUCACGAGUGCCUGCCCACCCGCCCAACCGACCGACGACAUUUCGCACACCAGAAUAUCUCGAACCGAUGGCUCGUGUCGCGAUCUCUACCGGUAGUCUCGUUAUCGAGAAAGGAAACGUACACGCGGGUUCCGUUCAACACCGAAUGGUAAACUGUGCAACGUCGAAUCUUGCCUGGACGAACGCACCACGUUGGACCUCCAGGUCUCGCCUCUCCUCCAGAUCGAUCCGCAUCUCUGCUCGAUCCCGCCAGCCAGACGUUCGUUCGUAGACGUUCGCCAGAUUACCGUAUAUACAUACGUACAAUAUACACGGAACGCUUUUCUCGAUCGUCGACAGUUUGCUGCUGUUCGUGGUAAUCGUGUUGUUGUCACGUUUCGAAGGUGAAACGUGUCGCGCGGUCGAUAGAAUGCAAAGAGGAGACAAUGAACGUUCCGAUCGUGUCGGGAGAUAUCGUCGAAGACGAUGUUCAUAAGCCACGUUUCGUUAGGGGCUCCGAUCCUAGGGUGGCCACUUGCCGGGGAAAGCUGCAGAACAAACGAAGCAAACUGAACCAAGAGAUCAACAAGGAGCUUCGGUUACGAGCCGGCGCGGAGAACCUCUUCAAAGCGACCACCAACAGAAAGCUGAGAGAAACGGUCGCGUUGGAGUUGAGUUUCGUCAAUUCGAACUUGCAGCUGCUGAAAGAACAGCUCGCCGAGCUGAACAGCUCGGUUGAGCUCUACCAGAACGUCGACAGCGAAGAACCGGCGAUGCCGAUGAUCCCGUUAGGACUGAAGGAAACCAAAGAUAUCGACUUUCGAGAUCCGUUCAAGGACUUUAUCCUCGAGCACUAUAGCGAGGAUGGGGGAAAUUACGAGGAGGCGGUCGCGGAUCUUAUGGAAACGAGACAGGCGACGCGAACACCGACCAGAGAUGCGGCCGGCAUCGCGUUGCUCUUGCGCUAUUACAACCAGCUCUAUUUCGUCGAGCGACGUUUCUUCCCUCCGGAUCGAAGCCUCGGCAUUUACUUCGAGUGGUUCGACUCGUUGACCGGAGUGCCGAGUUGCCAACGGACCGUCGCCUUCGAGAAGGCCUCGAUUCUCUUCAACGCAGCCGCUCUCUAUACACAGCUGGCCGCGAAACAAGAUCGUUUGUCCGCGCGAGGCUUGGACCAGGCGAUCGACGCGUUCCUCCGAGCCGCUGGUACCUUUCGUUACAUACACGAAAACUUCACCAACGCGCCGAGUAUGGACCUCGGGCCGGACAUGCUCGAGAUGCUCGUUCAACUGAUGCUGGCCCAAGCGAGAGAAUGCUUGUUCGAGAAGUUGGAACUUCAGUCGAGGGACGGGAGGAACAUCGACGUAUCGUUGGAUCUCGCGCAGGAAGCGUCACAGGUUGCGGCUGUCUACAACGACGUCCACGGGCUGAUCUCUCGCGAACCGGUCCGCGACUACGUACCGGAGACGUGGAUCUCGUUGAUCUUGGUAAAGCGGGAACAUCACCUAGCUCUUGCCCACAAGCACCUCGCGCUCGGGCUCUUCGAUCGACCGAUCGGCGAGUGGCGCGCUGAGACCAAGCUCGCACUCGAGCACGUGCAGAAGAGCGACGGAAAGACGCAGCUGGACAUCAUCGUGCCACGGGACGAGAACGAGAGGAAGUUGCUAGGAAAAGCGCAUCUCAGGGAAGCCUUGGUCUUGCACGAGGAAAGUCAAAGGCUGCAGAGAAUGUGCAGGGACUUGAAAGCGAAACAGGCGCUCGCGAAAGUUUUGAAGAGAGUGCAGGAGUCGACCGUGGAGAGUUACAACGGGAUCGGCGACGAGGAUGAUUUCCGGGGAUUGUUGGACCCUCCGGAUAUCAUUGCAUCGACAAAGUUUCAACUGAACAUCACUCACCCGGAUUUCGGGCAACACGGGGUAGAGGACCUUUUCCGAUCGCUCGGUCCGGUAGCUAUAUUUUCGGCGAAAAGGCAUUGGACAGCGCCGCGAUUGAUCCAGUUGCAACGUGGACCGGACGGUGAAGGAUUUGGGUUUAGCGUUCGAGGAGACGCGCCCGUGAUAAUAGCUGCAGUUGAUCAUAAUUCGUUGGCCGACUUAGGUGGCAUGAAGGAGGGAGACUUUAUAGUAGGGAUCGGCGAUAAAGACGUAAAGUGGGCGUCUCACGAACAAGUGGUUCGGCUGAUCAAGCAAUCCGGCGACUUUAUAAGUUUAAAGUUAGUCACGCCAAUGGAUAGAAAUUACUUGAAGGUAAACGUGAACGAAGGAAAAGAGAAAGGAAAAGAGGAUUACGGACGCGAGUUAGACGAAAGCACGAGUACGAUCGCCCGCGAGGAACUUCGCGAGGACGGUGCCACCAGGACGGAAGCCUUAAACCAAUUCAGACACUGGAUUCAGAAGCAUCCGAAUAUCAAGCGGUGCAGAACAGACGCAGCCUUUCUCCUCAGAUUUCUCAGAACGAAGAAGUUCAGCGUGCCGAUGGCGGAAGAGAUGCUCGAACGGUAUUUGACUAUUAGACAACUCUACCCGAACUGGUUUCAAAAUCUCGACAUCGAGGAUCCGGACAUCGAAGCUAUCGUAGAUGCUGGCUAUCUGGUACCGUUGAUGGAGCGCGAUCGUCACGGCCGACGCGUGAUACUUUCUUGCGCAGGUCGCUUCGAUCCGUACAAAUACACGUCCGCUCAAAUGGCGCGAGCUCACAGUCUCGUGGUGGAAGCUCUGAUGGACGACGAAGAGAAUCAGGUCCGUGGAUACACGCACAUCAACGACGAAUCUGGACUAACGAUGGGUCAUCUCAGCGCCUGGUCUCUCACGGAUAUUCGUAACAUGUUAAGAUGCAUACAAAAUAGUACACCCAUGAGACACAAGGAAACGCACUUUGUUAAUAUUCCAAGUUGCGCGGUCAAGGUGAUCGAGUUUGGCAUCUCUCUUCUCAACGACAAGUUGAAGAGUCGAAUCUCGGUGCACAAGAGUCUGGAAGAGUUGAAAAGUGCGAUCGAUCCGAGAAUUUUGCCGAAAGAAUACGGAGGAGAUAUCCCACUGUGUGAUAUGAUCGCCGCUUUCAAGAAAACUUUGAGGGAACAAAGGAAUCGAAUAAAAGAGCUGGACGAUAUGUACGUAGAAAUCUCGUCGAUGGAUUGUCAAUAUGCUGCGGACGACAAUUUAACCGGUAUAUCUGGCUCGUUUCGUAAACUGGAGGUCGAUUGA